AUGAGUGAAUCUGUUAAAAGGGUUCUAGAUACGAAUGAUUUGGCCGGCAUCCGAAUGAAUAAGAGUUUUGGGUCUCUUGUUGUUGGCGUGGGAGGUUUUGAGAACCUUCCGUUUUUGAAAAAUGAUUGUCGUAACUACAUCGACAAGGCACGACAUCUACGAUUGGGCGCAAGUGAUGCUGGAACGUUUCGAGACUACUUUUUACGGAUGCAGUACAAAAAUCUGGGGUUCUUUGCACUAAUGGAAUUGAAUGAUGACGGGAGGUUAAAAAAUAUUUUUUGGGCGGACCCCCGUAGUAGAGCAGCCCACCAAUAUUUCAGGGAUGUCUGUAUGGAUGGUAUAGCACCGAAGGCUAUUAUCACUGACCAAGACAGAGCCAUGAAAAAUGCAAUUGCAAUUGUUUUCCCUGAAAGCCGACAUAAAUUUUGCUUGUGGCAUAUCCUUAAGAAAGUCCCUGAAAAGCUUGGUUGUUAUGGUUCUUACAAAACUGGAAUGAAAACUGCACUGAUAAAAUGUGUGUAUGACACACAAACGUCGGAAGAGUUUGAAAAAUGUUGGGAUGAGCGAAGUGAAAGCAUAAAUGCCUUCUUUGAUGGCUAUGUUCAUGCUAAGACAAAUUUGAAAGAUUUUGUCGAUCAAUAUGAUAAUGCCUUAAAAAAGAAGAUUGAGAAUGAAAAUUGCAUGGACUUCCAAUCAUUUAACGUCACAAUUCCUUGCAUCUCUAGAUCUCCAAUUAAAAAGAGAUAUCAAGAUUUGUACACAAAUGCUAAAUUCAGGGAAGUUCAACACCAACUUACUAGCAUUAUCGACUUGGACCCAGUUUUACUUAAGGCGGAUGCUACAGUCAAGAUCUAUCUGGUAGAGGAUGAAGUUCGUGUCGAAGAUUUCACUAAGUUGGUUACACAUUCAGUGGAUUUUAAUGAGGACGAUGCAGUAGCCAAGUGUUCUUGUGGUUUAUUUGAAAUGAGGGGGAUAGUGUGCCGGCACAUCUUCGCCGUCUUCAAAUGUAACGGGAUUAAGACAAUACUAGAUAGGUACAUUUUGAAUCGAUGGAGGAAGGAUAUCAAAAGAAGAUAUACAUUAAUCCACAGCAGCUUUGACGCAGGGGAUCAACGGGAAGAUGCUAAUAAAUAUUCAAGUCUGUUGAAUAUCCGUUAUAAGAUGAUAACUUGUGCGGCGAGUUCGAAAAAGCAUACUAAGGAUGCAACGACUAAGUUAAAUGCAAUGAUUGAGUUAUAUGAAGCGAACUAA